AUGGUGAAAAAAACCGAUACCUAUGUCCGGGUGCUGCGACCGGGAGAGUCGAUGAUGCUCGGGAGAAAAUUUAGCGAGCUUGAAAUAGUCCUUUUUCGUCCGAAGCAACACACGCGCUUCGAAGAGAAUCAGCUUUCGGACCAGCAGACCGAGGCAGAUGCAGCCGGGCCGGAUCGCGACAGUACCUCUAAGGAGUCCGUAAACUGUUUUAGUAGCGCCACUACUGCCCCCACUGCUACCAAGGUAACGUUUACAAUGGGACCAGGAUCUGCUGAAGCUGCUCACGCUGACAGAAAGAAGAAUGAGACAGCAGCUGCGGCACUCAACGCGGCCAAUGGCUUGACACGUGAUGCAGCCCUAGAGCUCCUUUCCGACGAAGGCACGGGGUCACUCGUAGGGAAACGAGGGUCCAACGGCGGCAACGAGGUGAGGUUCGGUGACUUCGCAGCUGAUGCUCCUUUGUUUUUCGACACGACAGUGUGCAUUUUCUAUGAUGAACUCACAAAGAUGGACUACGUCGCGACAGGUCGCACCACCGCAGACUCCAAAGGCAUGCACUACAUUCCUCAUCUCGUUGUGCUGGGAGAUGAGGCGGGCACUGGGGCAUACUGCAACUACAACAUCACACGCCCCGAUGGCGAGUCGCUGCUGGGCAACAACAAUGACGCGUUCGAGGACGACGAUGACGUGCUCGUUAGCCGUAAUGCCGCGAACAACGGGCCGAUAACAAUGGGCGCGGCUGACGGAGUCGCGGUAAACCUGCGACAACUUGGAACAUGUACUGGAUUUAUUGUCUGCGCCACACUGUUCGGCAAGGACGCGAGCCUUAACCGUGAGCCCAACGUGUUCUACAUGAUACGGAAACUGCGAAGCCCUUCGCCACUUUGCCUCGUCCCGUUGUGUGUAUCCGGAGAGCUAAGCAAGAGUUGCAUUUCGCUCAUGAUUCGGAAGAUAAAAGUGCACGGGGACUCUACGUGGGAAGUUGUCAACGUCAACGAGGGCCUGCCACUUCAGGAUGUAAAAAGCCUCGUGUUGAAGCUGCAAAACAGGGGUCUGAAGGACCCUGCACAUUUCACGAGAGAUUUCGAGAUCAGUUCCUCCUCGAACCGCGCGAGCGACGGAACUUACGGGGCCGUGGAAGAGAACAUUGUGAAAAGCAGCUCCGACAGCAGCAACAGCGAGUUGGAUAAUUCCUUUUCGCAGAAGCACCUCAGUGAAGCUCAGGAGCAGGAACGCAGUUUCACGUCGGAGUGCGCCUCCUUUUCUGCCGAUCGUCACAACCCUGCCACCCAAACGCGUGGUGGCCGUACCUUUUCCGGCCUGCUCGUCCACGUUCCCCGCGUGACGCGCGAAGGCCGGCGACAAUACAACGUUGGCCGCUCUCAUGUGCAAAGUAACCUUUUCGAUGGCGAUGCUUCCGAAGAGGACGAGGUGCUUGACGACGCCAUGCGAGCUGUCGUGCCGUGCUACGCUAACACGUCGCUUAUACGCUAUGACGACGGUGCGUACAACGUUGGGUCUAAGGUGGAAAAACUUGUGACGCAUUACAUCGAUCACCGCGAAAUGUACGGCCUCGACACCGCUAGACACAGAUUAACAGGUGGUGGCGGUGCUGCUGUAGCAAAAGACGGUGUUUCCAAGGAAAUUCUCCCGCCGCUGCUGGGAGGGACGCGGGGACGGUCUUCGGCGGACUGGGGUACGCCAAUUCCGGUGCUGGAUCGCUGCCAAGUAGAUGAAAAGGACAACAUUGCCGCACGGCCUGAACUGCCGCCCGACUUGCUGGUUACCUCGCAAGACAGGCGUCUGGCGGCGGCAAUGAUGCAGCGUCGAGGUUCCUUUCACCCCGCCCUGAAAAAGCGUCAGAGCAUCCUCGGGCGAGGGCGGCGAAGCUCAUCCAUACGACCAUCCGUGGCUCGAAGAGGACCAUCUCGCCCCUCUCGCACCGUCGGUAAGGAGAAGCGGAAUCCUCGGCGGCGGCAAAAGGCAGACCGGAAGGCUGCACGAACAAAGUCAGUCGCAGCAGACUCGGCAGCGCGGGCCGGUGGGGGUCGCGGCGCGGAUGGGAUGCCUCGAGUCCGAUCCGCCUCUCGAAAUCCUAGCCCUUCGCCGCCGCGUUCAAAAAGACAUCAAUUAAAAGCCCACAUUUCCAGCACCAAGCACAAGGGUGACGGAAAGCGGUAA